UAGUGGUUAAAGGCCCCCUCCACUUCCUCGGGCAGGUCGCGUCUCUUCCAUCCCCCACUCCACUCGCUGCUGCCUUCGCCAUGGCGGUGAAGGGGAAGGGCAAGCAGGUGGCCGCCGAAUCCCCUGGCCCUGGAGCCGGCGCAUCCGGGUCCGGCGGGAAGCGGCGGAAGGGCUCCGGCGACGCGGGGGCGGGGCCCUCGUCGUCCUCUGCGGCGAAGCGCCGCCGCCGCGUCGGAGUUCUCCAGUUCGUGGACGACGCGGCCGGCGUCGACGACGACUACGAGGAGGAAGAUGUGCUCGAGUCCGAGGAAGAGGCCUCCGACCACGAUGACGGUUUCUCUACUGGCGGGGAACAUGUACAAAAUCUCAGUCACAUAAGAACUGAAAGGUCACACCCUCUUCCUUUACAAGUAAAGGAAGAGGAGCUUAGUGGCGAUGAACUUGAGGAAUUCAUCAUGAAUCGAUACAGUAAUGGUGUGAAAUAUGCUGCUGAUCGUAGCUAUUCUAGGGAAGAUGAUGACAUUUUCCCCAUGGAUGGUGCACUCAAAGAGCCUACUAUUUGGAGGGUUAAAUGCAUGGUUGGGCGUGAGCGCCAAAUGGCUUUCUGCUUCAUGCAAAAGUUUGUUGAUCUGCAAAAAAUUGGUACCAAAGUGCCAAUUAUCACAGCAUUUGCACUUGAUCAUGUAAGAGGGUUUGUUUUUGUUGAAGCGGAGAAGGCCUGUGAUGUUACAGAGGCAUGCAAAGGGUUUUGUAGCGUGUAUUCUAGCAGAAUUACUUCUGUUCCUGCAGCUGAAGUUCCUAGCUUGUUAUCCAGCCGUACAAAACCAUUUGAAAUCUCCCGUGGUACAUGGGUCCGCAUGAAGAAUGGUAACUAUAAAGGUGAUCUAGCACAGGUUGUUAGCGUGGAUAAUGGACGGAAAAGAGUGCUGAUAAAAAUCAUACCCAGAGUCGACCUCCAUGCUAUUUCGAAAAAAUAUGGUGGUGCAAUUUCGUUAAAAGAAGCAGCAGUUCCUGCUCCACGAUUAAUCAGCUCUCAAGAGCUAGAGUUAUUCAGGCCUCAUAUUGAAAUGAAGCGUGAUCGUCCGACUGGCGAAGUUUUUGAAGUACUUGAUGGUUUGAUGUUCAAAGAUGGUUUUCUAUAUAAAAGGGUUUCACUAAGUUCAUUGAUUUACUGGGGUAUACAACCAACAGAGACUGAACUUCUGAAAUUCUCCUCUAGUCCAAUCAAUAGAACUUCUGCUGAUGACUUGGAUUGGGUCUCCAGCAUCUAUGGUCCUAAGAAAAGGAACAUUCCCGCAGAACGAGAUAUUAAGUCACCAUCAUCUUCUAAAAUGAAAUCUUCCAAAACAUCAAAAGCUUCAACUUCUACGGAAAAUUUUGAUGAUAAUGAUGAAUUCAACCUCCAUGAUCUUGUACUCUUUGGGCGAAAAGAUUUUGGUGUGAUCGUUGCUAUUGAGAAAGAUGGUUUUAGGAUAUUAAAGGGUGGUCCUGAAGGAUCUGCAGUGACAGUAAAAAAGAACGACAUUAAGAAAAGCUGUGUAGACAAAAUGUUUACAGCUGUUGAUCGUCAGAAGAAGAUAGUAGCUAUUAAUGACACUGUUAACGUUCUGGAAGGCCCAUUUCAGGGUAAGCAAGGUGUUGUUAAACACUUGUACAUGGGCAUACUGUUCAUUUAUAAUGAAAGUGAAAGCGAGAAUUGUGGUUUUUUCUGUGCUCAAUGCGGGUCAUGUGAGAAUGUGAAGAAACAGAAGGAUCUGGGAGGCUCUACUACUGAAAACUUGGACAAUCCAAUUCCCAUGUUUGCUGAGCUUUCUUAUGAGCAAAAUGAGCAUCGGGCCCCUGAGAGGCCUUUCAGGAGCACCAGAGAACAACUUUUCUCUAUCGGACAGAUGCUGCGCAUUAAAAAGGGUCCUUUGAAGGGCUAUCUCUGUCGAGUGGUUCGGAUAUUUCGGAAUGAUGUGACUGUUAAGCUAGAUUCUCUACUGAAGAUUGUUACAGUACAAGCUGAGUUUCUGUCAGUUCCAGCUAAUAGGGGGGAUAACUUGUCUGGUGCUCCAGAUGGCAAUUUUGGAAAUCAAGAUACAUCUUUCUUUGGUUCGGAAGCAGAGAAAACUUCAUGGGACAAUGGUUGGCCAUCUUUUGGCAGUGACUCAUGGCAACCCUUUUCAAGUUCCACCUUACCAGUCCAGAAUGCAGGUGGAGAAUCAGAAAAUGAUCCAUGGAGUAAGAAAAGUUCUGCUGAAGGUGAAUCUGAUCCAUGGGGUAAUAAAGUGGCACCUUCUGCUGAUGGUGAUUCUGAUCCAUGGGGUAAUAAAGUGGCACCUUCUGCUGAUGGGGCUUCUGAUCCAUGGGGUAAGAAAGUGGUGGCUCCUGCUGAUGGGGAUUCUGAUCCAUGGGGUAAUAAAGUGGCACCUUCUGCUGAUGGUGAUUCUGAUCCAUGGGGUAAUAAAGUGGCACCUUCUGCUGAUGGGGAUUCUGAUCCAUGGGGUAAGAAAGUGGUGGCUCCUGCUCAUGGUGAUUCUGAUGCAUGGGGUAAGAAAACAACAUCUUCAGCUGUUGGAGUAUGGAACACUGGUGCCGCUCAGAAGGAAAGUUCCAGUGACAAUGUGUGGGGUAAACAAGCUGGGGUUGGUGGAUCUGAUGCUGCUGGCAGCUCUUGGGAUGGAACGGCAGUCCAUAAGGAGAGUGAAAAGAGUGACAACUGGGGAGAGGCUUGCAGGGUUGUGGACAUGGUUUCUGGAGCUGAUGCAGACCCUUGGGGAAGCAAGGUUAAAGCAGUAGAUACAGAAGGAACAGAUAGCUGGGAAAAGGCUACACCCCCAGACAAUAAGUUGGAGGGCGUCAGUCAAGGAUGGGGCCGACCAUUGGGCAAGUCAAAUGAAGACCGGGGAAAAGAUAAUAUUUCCAAAUAUGCGGGCAACAACGGGGCAUGGGAUACUCCUUUGCCUGUCACUGAUGAUGGUACCUGGGGCGCGGGAGGUUGGGAUACUAAGUCUGCUAACUGGAAUAAAUCAUCUGCAGUUGGUGAAGCACAGGAGGAAGGUUGGGGCAAAGGAAAAGGAGCUUCCGACCAAGUUGGUAGUGGUGAUUGGGAUAAACCGAAAUCUUUUGGCAAUGAUGGUUCAUCAAGGUGGAACAAGGGAGAGGAAACUAGGGCAGAUGAUCAGAAUAACAACUGGAGCAAGCCUGGAAACUUCGGCGGUGGACGUGGAUUUGGGCGAGGACGGGGUAGAGGUAGGGAUCAGGAAUCUGGAGUCUUCGAUGGCAGAAAUGAUCAAGGAAGUUGGAAGAGCUCAUGGGGUGGUGAGAAUGCUGGAAGGACCUCUUGGAGGUCUGAUAGCAAGGUAGACAAUGAAGUUGGAGAUUCUGGUGGAUACAGGGUAAGGGGAAGAGGAGGGAGGGGACAAUAUGGAGGGCGAGGGAGGGGAAGAGACAAUGGUUGGAGAAAUGGUGAUAGAAGCGAUUCUGGGUUUGGAAAGGAAAAUGACAGUGCUGAUGGACAAAAUUGGGGAAAUAGAGGUUCUUGGGCUGGUGGAGAUAAUUGGAAUGCCACGAAUCCACCAAGUAACCAGCCCUGGAGUAGCAGUGGGGGCACAAAGUCAUUUGGUGAAAAUAAACCUUCCACUUGGAAUAGUUCGAAGGAUAGCAAACCAUCUGUAGGUGAACAAGAUGAUCCUUGGUCAAGCAAGGUGGCUUCUAUUGAAGGCAAAGAACACCAGAAUGAUACUUGGGCUAGCAAGAUGACUUCUGGUGCUGAGGAUAACACUGGUGGCUGGAACACCAGGGCAAAAGACUCCUGCACUGAUGGGGGUGAAGAAAGACGAAAUGAUCCUUGGGCAAACAAGACUGUUACAAUUAAAGAUAAAGAACAUGAAACCGAUCCUUGGACAAGCAAGGUGCCUUCUAGUGCGGGUUCUGAUGACAACAAUUCUAGCUGGAACACUAUGGCAAAGGACACUCCAUCUGAGUUAAAGGCUGACGAUCCCUGGAGUAGUAAGGGGGGUAAUGAUAACAUCAAGAAAACUGAUAGCUGGGGUGCUGGCUCCUCAGGUGGGAAUCAGGAGUCUUCUUGGAGCAAACCAAAUUUCUCUUUAGGAGACCAGGCGUGGAGCAAACCAAGGUUUGGUGAUGAUAAUGGUGGAAGCAGUAGAGGUGGAUUUGGACGUGGAUAUCGAGGCAGAGGGAGAGGAAGGAAUUUUGGGGAUGGUGGUUCCUCAUGGAAUGGAGGCAACAAUGAAUCAGGUGGUGAAAGGUCUGAAGAGCCAUGGAGCAGGAGGGAUUUUGAUGGUGGUAGAGGAAGAGGCCGAGGUCGCUUUGGGCAAGGCGACCGUAGCCAAGGUAGCAGCAACUUUGGGUCUGGAGAUGGGGGCAGUUGGGUGUCUGGCAGGGGAAAUGGUGACCGUGGUGGUUACAAAAACUGGAACAGUAACAAUGAGCAAAGGCCCUUCGGUCAAGGCCGUGGCUGGUCAUCCGACUGGAGUGGCAGCAAAGGAAGUGGUGAAGGAGGUCAAGCAUUUGUGAAAAGCAAGCCCAGCUGGGGAGCACAAAAUACGUCUGGUGGAGAUGAUCAGGCAGGAAAGAGUGGUGCAAACAACUCCUGGAGUCAGAACAGAUCAUCUCCCUCUAUCCUGGGUCAGCCAAGCAGUGAUGCUAACAAGUCUAGCACAUGGGGUGCUACUAGUGGUGGAGCUGGAGGCGGAGGUUCCUGGGGAAAGAGCAAUGAAGAUAGCUGGAAUUCCUCAGGAGGAGCCGCAGAGAAGUCUUCAUGGGGAGGUGGGUCAGAGGCUCCUCCCAAGAAAGAUGAUGAUCGCUCGUGGGGGCAAGGCGGCGAGGGGAGCGGCAGCCAAGGAGGAGGUGGCGGCAGUUCCUGGGACAAAGCGGCGGGUGAUGCGUGGAACGGCAACAAGGGCGGAUCCACCGGCAGUGGCGGAUGGUAAGCGAGCCACGCAAUAAGCUGCGCCCCUUACUGGCGCGACAAUGUGAAUAGUGCUCCCGUGCGGUCUGAACCUGUGAACCAGAUGUUUAGCGUCUGCUGGGGCUCCCUUGCCACCUGCUCUCUCUCUCUCUCUCUCUCUCUCUCCCUCUCUCUCUCCCUCUCUCUCUCUCCCUCUCU